UGUGACUACAUUUGGAGUGACAGUCUGUGGUGAAGGGCCGGUGGGGAGGGACCGCUCUGAGAAAGGACAGCGGCGAACUCAUGCCCACUUCACUCGGCGUGCAGGGCAUGAGAAACUGCUCACUCACAGAUGGAGAGUUUGUUUUGGAGCUGCUGACUGGUUAAAUCUAUGAGCACAACAGAGAUUCGAUGGAACCUGAGAGUUUCACCAGCUCCAUUAUUGUGCCUUAACUGAGCAGCAGAGAAAGACACGACCAUCUGUUUUCUCUUCGUAAAUGCUUUGGGAAUAUUUACGAAGGAGCAGAGAACCCACUGAAUCCUUCUGAGGGGCAUGGAUGCUAUGGAGAACCCAGUCCUGGAGCCCAGAUCGGAACGCAUCGCUCGCUAUAAGGCAGAGAGGAGGCGGGAACUGGCUGAGCGCUAUGGCAACCUGGAGGAGCUACCAUCCAAGUGGACGAGGAGGGAUGGGAAAGAGCUGCACGGUCCAGAGAACCAGGCCCACAGAGGGACGCUGAACACAGACAGCGUCCCGUCCGUUAGUGACAGAAUUCACAGCAGGACACGAGGGGUUUCAAAUGGAUUAGAGGCAGAUGCUCCUGAGUCCAGCUAUGUGAGGAGGCAGGGUUCCCAAGACUCUGCCAGCAUGCUGGGUGGGGAGGGGCACCCUGAUGCCCCACAGCUCCACACUCGGGUGUCGGUGGGCCAGUUGAGAAGUGCUCUUCUGCAGCAGACUGGGACUGGAGCACAGCCUGACAAAGCUUGUUGUGACACCGGCCGGGCCACAUCCUCUCUGGACCUGGCUGUGGCGUCAGGCUCGGAGGGGAACCGGCGACGCACCCGCCGUUACCUCCCCACCGGGUCAGGUAGUUGCCGCAAGACCAACGAGCGCUUCAGGACGCAGCCAAUCACAGCAAACGAAAUGGAGGAGAGCAGCGGGAUUCUGGAUGCAGAGGAAGAGGAGGACACUAAAGGGGAUGUGAAAACAGAUGACCGAGCCAAAAUGAGUGUGGCAGCCAAGAUGUCUUUGUUUAAAGAGCUGGAGAAAUCCGCCGCACCUGAGGCCUCGUCCUUCCUGAAGCCUCGGUCCGGGAGCGUCAGCCAUGAACGCAGAGUGCGCCGUGGCAACGACCACCGCUUCCUCACUCAGCCAAUCACCUGUGAGGAAAUAGUAGCCAUCAGUGCCCCCAAACCAGCCCCACCGGUGGAGCCUCCGCCAGUGCAGGCUGAGUCAGUGGAAGAUGGUGACGAGAACUGUAAACUGAGCAUGAGCGAGAAACUGGCCCUGUUCAACAAACUGUCGCUGCCAGGGCGACAGGGGGGCGGCCAUACCGACGCGCCCCCAGAGAGACGAAGGCAGAAGGGGGCUCGGUACCGCACACAGCCCAUCACCGUGGAGGAGGUCAGCCUGCUCCAGAAAGGCCCCAUACAGCUUCCUGCGUUCUGUUUGUCCCCUCAUCUGUCCGACAGACAGCAGGCCUUGUCUGUCAACCUAAAACCCAGCGAGGUCCGUCUUUCCCAGCCAAAACCCGAGCUUGAUCCCGAAGCCGGUCCAACCCAGCAGGGCCUACAGCGCUACGACACUGAACCGGGCCUGAGGGGCAUCCUAAAGAAGAGCCGGUCUGGAGGCUCGGAUUGGAGGACAGAGGGUGGUCAGAUGGAUGCACCACCCGUCCACGAACACAAUGGUGGAGGUUGUGGAGAUGUGGGCGUUUCAGGGAGGAUGGAGGAAGUAGAAAGGCAGGAAAUGACUGCAGCACCACGCAGAGAGAGACGUGAGGCUUCGGGGGUGGAUGGAGGGUCCGUCACCGCUGCGCCCUGGAGGCAGAGGGCCCGAAACAGGAGGGAAACAAUUGCCUGUAUGCCAGUGAGAAUCUCAACAGAGCAGGACGCUGGUAUAGAGGAAAAACCCUGCCUGGUGAAGACACAGGAGCAGGAAUACAGACCAGAGACUGCAGCAGACAUCCAAGGGAGGCAAGAUCAGGAUGAUAGUCCGAGGAUGGUGAAUGAAGAAACCACAACCACAGGACGUGUUCAGGUCACACUGGUGGACAGGAACGCCAACCUGCAGGAUCCAACCAACAGCAGCAGAACUAAGGAAGAAGCAGAUAUUCAUGCUGACAGCACCCUCCCUCAGUGCUGGGACCCCGUCUUUGCCUCUGUCUUUUCUAGCAGUACGCCCCAAUAUAUUAUGUGUUUCAAUCAGACCAAUCUGUCCUUUGAGGCACAGGAAGUCUCCUCACCCACAAAAAACCUGGUUCAGCCUCUUUGGAGACACAAGUCUAAGGGAGCUGAGGAUGAACAGAAGACUGUAGAAGAUGAAGAGGUUUAUCCACAGCAGGACAAGAUGAAUGAGGACUCUACUCAGUCCAAUGUGGUCAAGAGAAGUUAUGGAUCUCCAGAAUCAGAGAUAAAGGACUCCACUGAGGAUCCAACAUGCACAUUUGAAGAAUCCUCUCUGCAGCCUGUGAUGGAGUUUGAAGCAACAUCAGAAACCACAGCGGCUCCACAGGAGGUGAAAGACGUGGCUCCUGCGAAUGAAUCGCAGAUGUUCGACGCAGGUUUCUACAGUGAACAGCCCCCUCCCUUCAGCUGCGCCCCCCCACCCUGUGGAGACGUCGCUGCUGCAGAGAGUGAACAGGACCUGGGUGUUCUCUGUCAGACCAAUGCACCCAUACUAACUUCAGCUGUAGCCGAACACAGACGAGCGGUGCGUCCGUCCCGUCGGACUCAGGGCUCCCGAAACCCUCUGCGAGCUCUGGCCGCCAGAGAAGACAUCCAGCAGGACUACAUGGGAGAGAGAGUCAACACCGCUGCCGAGGAAGCAGAGAAGAAAUCGAAGAACUCGUCUUCAUCUGAUGCACAUGUUACUGGAUCUGAAGACUUCAGCAGCAUCUCUUCAUCAGCUGCAGCCAACUCUCAUCCUCCCUUCAACAGCCUGAUGCUUAUUCUUAUAAAAGGUAGGCGGCAUGUCCAGGUCCGUGUGGUGGAGCCCUCGGUGCAUUCACUGAACAGCGGAGACUGCUUCCUGCUGGUCAGUCCAGAACACUGCAUUGUAUGGAGUGGGGAGUUUGCAAAUGAGCAAGAGAAGGCAAAGGCCUAUGAGCUGGCGUUGUUCAUUCAGAGCCAGAGGGACCUCGGCUGUCAGGCCUCGCAGGUCGUUCACCUCGAGGAAGGACUGAACUCUGACAGUGGCCUGGCUGCACAGUUCUGGGACCUUCUGGGAGGACGGACGCAGUACAGAGGAGCUGGUGCACCAGAGGAGGAUGAGCUGUUUGAGCAGGGGGUGGCCGAGUCCAACUGUGUUUACCAGCUGGUGGAGAACAGACUGGUCCCCCAUGAACAAGCCUGGGCCUCCAUCCCCAGCGUCUCCCUGUUGAGCCCCAAUGAGGCUCUAGUUUUCGACUUUGGCAGUGAAGUGUACCUGUGGCAUGGACAGGAUGUCUCCCUCAGCAGGAGGAAUGUAGCUCUCCAGCUGACUCACCAAGUGUGGGUUGGUGUGUAUGAUUACAGCAACUGUCGAGUCAACCCACUGGAUCCCACACAGUGUAACCCCAGCAUACAGCUGAGGGGUGAGGGGCGUCCCAGGUGGGCGCUGUUCGGCUGCAUCUCCGAGCACAAAGAGACGUCUUUGUUCAGAGAAAAGUUCCUGGACUGGACAACGAAGAACAGAGACAAGGAAGUCAAAGCCACACUGACGGACGAGACACAGUCCACGUCCAUCACGUCUCCAUCGUCAGACCCUCUCAUUCCCUGUGAUGCUAAAGCUCUAGUAUCAGGUCAGUCUGCAGAUGGGGACACCUCGGUCCACAGUGUCCUGUCUGGCGUUGAUGUCCAGAGAGGUCACGGGGUCAUCAGGCUGGAGGAGGGACGUCAGUUGGAGCUGAAGACAGUCGCCGUGGACACUUGGCACGUCCAGGAGUUUGAUGACAGUGAGAUUCCUGUGGAAAGCACCGGGCAGCUUCACGAGGGAGAUUCAUACGUCGUUCGCUGGACGUACACCUUCAACAGUACCGAUAAGGCAAACGGUCUGGAUGAAUGUGGCACAGAAAAAGAAAGCACAGCCUUCUUUCUGUGGCGGGGACGUCAUUCCAGCGUCAGUGGACGGGACACGGCUGCUUUCCUGUCCAUUGGGAUGAACAACCAUGAAGAAUCACAGGUUGUGGUGCCUCAGGGAAAAGAACCUCCCUGUUUCCUGCAGCUCUUUCAUGGUGGUCUGGUCAUUCACAAGGGCAAGCGAGAGGAGGCUUCCACAGAAACAGCCGAGUGGCGUCUGUUCUGUGUUCGAGGAGAACUCCCAGAGGAGGGUUCUCUGUUAGAAGUGGACUGCUGCUGUGCCGGUCUGAGGUCCAGAGGGUCUGUGGUCCUGCUCAACAGCCAACAGGGACUGCUUUACCUCUGGACCGGCUGCAAAGCUCAUGCCAGUUCCAGAGAAGUCAGCAAGAGGACAGUGGAGCGUCUCAGUCAAAUGUGUCCGCCGGAGCUGGGUCUCAGUAAAAAUAAUCCUGUGAAGGUGCAGGCUGUGGAGGAAGGAUCAGAGCCUGCAGAGUUCUGGGCAGCACUGGGACAGAUGGACAGGAAGGCCUACGACUGCAUGCUGCAAGAUCCAGGAAAAUACAACUUCACACCUCGUCUCUUCCACCUGAGCGCCUCUUCUGGAAGCUUCCGAGCCGAAGAGCUGCAUAGUCCGACCCGUCUGCCGGGGCUGGUGAUGGCCAUGCCCUUCGUCCAGGAGAGUCUGUUCUCAGUUCCAGAGCCAGCUUUGUUCUUGCUUGACAACCGUCUGGAGGUCUAUCUUUGGCAGAGGGGUCAGCCCGAGCAGACAGAGGGCUCCGCUUCAGCCUGGAGCUGCUGGAACAAUGAGAGGAGGUGUGCAAUGCAGACGGCUCUGCAGUACUGCAAAGAGAUGAAUCCAAGACGCCCACCACAGGCGUACCUCAUCUACGAGGGGGCUGAACCUCUCACCUUCACUAAUGUCUUCCCCCGAUGGGAGAGGAGAUUGGGACCCCUCACACAGGGUGAUUCGGGCCGGGUGAAGCUGACCUUGGUGCAGGACGCCCUGGCCCAGCUCAUGAAGACCCAGUACCCUCUGGAGGAGCUGCUGCAGAGCCCCUUACCUGAAGGAGUAGACCCCCAGCACCUUGAGGUUUACCUGUCAGACCAGGACUUCCAGACUAUUUUGGAAAUGAAGAGAGAUGAAUAUGCCUCCCUUCCGAGCUGGAAACAGAUUGAUCUGAAGAAAAGCAAAGGGCUGCUCUGCUAGACGGUGAAAACCAGUGGACUAUUUCUGCUGUGGAGAAGGGAUGGAGGCAGGGAAAAAAAUCAACACCCAUGCUGCAAAAAGGACAGCGCAUGUUGUAAUAAAAAGAGAAAAAAACUCACUUUUAUUUAUGUCAAAUCAGUACAAGUGUGUGGACUUAUCGGAUAUGGAUUUCUCCGUAGCUAUUGUUGAGAGCAAAACAAAACAAAACAAAAA